UUCCCUUGCACCGGGACGUGCGGUCUGGUGCCCUUAGAGAGCUCGUUAUUCCCUGUGCGCCCGUGGAGAGGCUGUCCCGUCCUUUCCCGGGGGGCGGCGGUAUGUGGGGCCUUGCAUGGAGGGGGAGAUGGCGGCCGGUGCGUCCCUCGGGGAGAGAAAAGCCGACUCGGAUCCCGCACUUUGUCACCUCUCUCUAGGUCGCCCGUCCACGCACCUGUCCCCCAUGGCAGCGUGGUCUCGGGAGGCUGUCCUGACCCUCUAUCGGGCCCUGCUGCGCCAGGGCCGUGGGCUGCGCUACACUGACCAGGAUUUCUACCUUGCUGUCAUCCGCCGUGAGUUCCGUAAAAACCGGGAGCUGCAGCAGCUAGAGGACAAAGAAAGGCAGUUGGAGAAAGGGCAAGCUUUCCUACAGAGCAAACUUGGGGGCCUGGUUUAAAGAUUCCCUGUAGCUCCUUUUG